AUAAGCUUCGGACUACCUGCCGGUUCUGUCAUGGGUACCGAGAAUUUGCCCUCAUGGUGGGAUACCCCCAAACGCCAAACGAUUGAAGACUUCAAAGCGAGUUGUUACGACCUAAGUAUCGCCAUCAUGUCAUGUUUUGCUGUCAAGUUAGGUUUGGGCAAUUCUCACUUCGCAGAUGUUCACCAACACAAGGACCCUGGGAAUGUCUUGAAGUUUAUCAAAUAUCCUCGGUUUGAGCAGCAGCCUGAAGGUGUGCCCCGGUUAUCUGAGCAUACAGAUUGGGGCAGUAUCACCUUUGUCUUCACCGAACAGCCGGGGCUAGAAAUCCGUGACCCGUCAAACGAGUGGUUCGAGAUCCCGGCUGUCCCUGGUGGCGUAGUCGUGAAUAUCGGAGAUGCUUUGUCGCUGUGGUCGAAAAAGUCUUUGAAGUCGACCAUGCACAGGAUCAGUUGGAAGAAUCUUGACGUGUCCAAUGAUCGACUCAGCGUUGUGUACUUUACUCACCCAAAC